AUAUAACCCAAUCCAGUUUUUGCAUACAACCUCCACAGUCCAAAGUACUCAUCAUUCAUCACUUACUACAGCAAUGGCUUCUGAAACUCCAGACAAACCCACCGCCGAAGAGAAGUACUCAACUAGCGAGCUUUUAGCUAGCGCAAAGGUGGUGAGCGAGGCAUCACAAGCGGCGUUGAGGAACGAAUCUGACAAGGUGGACAAAGCAAAGGCGGCAGAUGCAGCUGGUGAUCUUCUUGAUGCAGCUAGUCAGUACGCCAAGCUGGAUGAACAGAAGGGCGUAGGACAGUACGUUGAUAAGGCUGCGGAUUACCUCCACGAUUAUAAGCCUGGUGGUGCUGCUCCUGCUCCUGCUCCUUCCAAACCAGAAGAAUCUCAAGGUGAGCAUGCUGCUCAAUCUGCUGGUGGAGGUGGUUUGGGUGGAGAUUUUACUAAGUUGGCUGGUGGUUUCUUCAAAAAGUAGUCAUUUUAUCACUACGUGUGUCACUGUUUGUAUUAAUUGUUAUGCAUGUUAAUUUGGUUUCAAUUAUGGAAGCAUUAGAAGUGGAUUCAUCUUUAUAAAAGCAACUAUAUGUGGAUCCUACUACAUAUGUGAAUCCACUUGUUGUUAUGUGAUGUGAUCUUGGACUGAAUUAAUAAGUUUUAUAUUAGGGGGAAA